AUGUCCAAUACCAAUAGCAAGACAAUAUUAUCUGCUGUGGCCUCUCUUGCAGCCUCGGCUAUGCUGAUGCGAAGCAUCGCCAAUGAAUUCAUUCCUCAUCAAGUCAUAGACUUUUUUCAUUCAGGAAUUCACAAUCUUUCUCGUCAAUUCUCUACCCAACUCACUAUUGUCAUUGAAGAAUUUCAAGGGAUGUCCAAAAACCAAGUUUUUGAGGCUGCAGAAGCCUUUCUAGGAAAUAAAGCCACUCUCUCAGCACACAGGGUUAAAGCAAGCAAAUCAGAGAAUGAUAAAAAGUUAUCAUUUGGUGUAGAUAGAGAUGAAGAAGUGAAUGAUGAAUUUGAAGGCGUAAAAGUAAGGUGGAAAUUUAUAUGCAUACAUACUGAGUCUUCUAGUAAUAGUCAUCAUGAUAUGAAUGCUUCUUUAAGGUCAGAAAUAAGGUACUAUGAGCUAAGCUUUCACAAGAAACACAAGGAGAAAAUCUUCACUUCAUAUUUGCCAUAUAUUUUGGAGAGAGCCAAGGCUAUCAAAGAAGAGAACAUGGCAGUGAAGCUUCACACGAUUGAUUAUGGAUGUUAUUGGGAUCAAAAUGGUGUCAAAUUUGAUCAUCCCAUGACUUUCAAAACUCUUGCAAUUGAUGGAGAGCUUAAGAGGGAAGUGGUGAAUGACUUAGACAAGUUUGUGAAGGGAAAAGAGUUCUAUAAAAGAACUGGCAAAACUUGGAAACGUGGUUACCUUUUGUAUGGUCCUCCUGGCACUGGCAAGUCUAGUCUUAUUGCUGCUAUGGCAUGUCAUCUCAACUAUGAUAUAUAUGACUUGGAUCUUACGGUUAUCAAUGACAAUAAUGAAUUAAAGAAAUUGAUCCUUGGCAUGUCCAACCGUUCUAUACUUGUGAUUGAGGAUAUUGACUGUAGUAUAAAGCUUCAGAACCGAGAAGAAGCUGAGGAUGCAUCUCAAAAUGGAGACAAUAAGGUGACACUUUCAGGACUUCUGAACGUUAUAGAUGGUCUUUGGUCAUGCUGUGGGGAGGAACGCAUCAUUAUUUUUACAACCAAUCACAAAGAAAGACUUGAUCCAGCUCUGCUAAGGCCUGGCCGAAUGGACAUGCAUGUUCACUUGUCAUACUGCAACUUUUCUGCUUUUGAGCAAUUGGCCUUCAAUUACCUUGGAAUUUCUCAACACAAACUCUUUGAACAGAUUGAAGGGCUUCUAAAUGAAGUUCAAGUGACUCCAGCUGAAAUUGCAGGAGAGCUAAUAAAGGUUGCUGAUGUUGGAGAGUGCUUACAAGACAUUGUCAAAUUCCUCUACAAGAAGAAAAUGUUGCAGGGCAAGACUCAAAUUGAACAGAAUAUAAAGGAAGAUCAUGAAAUAGGAGAAGAAAAGUUAUGA